AUGGUUGGAAAACGCUCAACGAGGCCGUCAUCUAGAAACGUAUCGUCCGGUCAGCCAAGAAAGCCUAAUGCGUCAUUUUCAGCUCGUCUCAGCGCGUCACGACACAGCGACGAUAGCUUUGGUUCUGAUGACGACAACCAGCCAUCCGACAAUGAAUUGAGAAGCGCCAAGAGACGCAAAGUCUCAAAACCUCGGUCGAAUAGGGUAAAUGGCACCUGCAUUUCCAUAUUCCAAAAUUGCGGCACUGUUUCACCAGAGCCAUGUUGCCCUUCGUCGGGGCGGCAGCACUCGCUCUCAUACCACAAACCGCUAUUCCUCUGUGAUAGCCGGGGCUUCGAACAUCGGCAGGCCUUGUUGUCAUGGUUCGACUCGGUCAGCAUGACCCGCGCCAUGCCUUGGCGUAAACCCUGGAUCAAUCCUUCCACGGAACCUGAUGCAUCACAGCUCAGAAAAUUGCUUGAGCGACGAGCAUACGAGGUGUGGAUUAGUGAAAUUAUGCUGCAGCAAACGAGGGUUGCUGUGGUUAUCGACUAUUGGAACCGCUGGAUGGACAAAUGGCCUACAAUCCAGGAUCUUGCCGCCGCUGACCCAGAGGACGUAUUGGCUGCCUGGCGAGGGCUGGGAUAUUACAGUCGAGCGACACGAAUUCACGAGGCUUCCAAGUUGGUAGUGGGGGACCCGGCAAUGCAAGGCUUGCUGCCAUCAGCUACCAACGAUCUGGAGGCCAAAGUUCCUGGGGUCGGUAGAUACACAGCCGGUGCCAUAUCUGCAAUCGUCUUUGGCCGAGCGGCCCCAAUGGUGGAUGGAAACGUCCUUCGCGUCUUGAGUCGUCAGCUAGGCAUAUACGGCAACAUCAAAACGGACAAGAAAGUCAUCGACGCCAUCUGGGCAGCAGCUGAUGCCCUCGUUCAGACUGUAGCUCUCGACCGCCCCGAUCAUGAAGACGAGUCAGAGGUAUCCGAUAGACCCGGUCGAUGGGGACAAGCACUCAUGGAACUAGGCAGCACGGUGUGCACGCCGAAGCCAAACUGCUCGCAAUGUCCCGUCACCGCCUCAUGUCGUGUGUACAACGAAGCGAAGAACACGGAGAAAAACAGAGGAACCGACAUUUGUGACAUUGAAGAUCUCUGUACACUCUGCGAGCCACUCGAAGAGGAGACCGACAACAGCCCAGAGCCGACAGCCUUGCAAGAAUCAAAACCUAACCCCAAAACAACAGACAAGAACAAAGGGCCCAAACAAAUGACCCUGGCGGCAUUCUCAUUCACAGGAGGAAAGCCCGCCAAACAAAACGACUCCAAAAAGGAAGACUCCGGGAAGAACGGGGCCCAACAGGAAGCCAUUUCCAACUACGCACGCAAAUUCCCCCUGAAAACGGCCAAAAAGCCUGUCCGCGAAGAAGAAACCGUCGUCUGUGCGAUCCGCCGCCCAGACGGGUCGUAUCUCCUCCACCGUCGACCAGACAAGGGGCUGCUAGCAGGACUAUGGGAGUUUCCAAGCAAGACGCUGCCCAGCAAGGACGAUUACGCCACAACGAAGCAGCGUACGGCAUUGGCCAAAGCGCACAUGAAGACGUUACUGGGCGGUGUUGUAUCCCCUAAGCACAUGGGAGAAUUGGGAAGUGUGCCGUGGUUGUUCUCGCAUCUGAAGCUGACCAUGCAUGUGCACUUGUUCCGACUUGGGGAGAAUGGUGCUGAGUGUGGAAUAGGAGAUCGGGCGAGAUGGAGUGAUAAUGUGGAAGGGGAGUCUAUGGGCACGGGAAUGCGUAAAUGCUGGGCGUUGGUGGAAGAUGCGGAAUGA